ACUGGAAAAGUAAGAAGAGCUUCCCUGCCUUGUUAGUUACCCACCUCUCAGUUGUCAGUGAUCAGUUCAAAGAAAGAAUGCAGUCUUUCUAUACCUGACUCGAGAAUGAACAGUCCUCCAGAAAAUGGUAAACCAUCUGUGGAGAGUGGGGACAGCAGCACAGGCGCGCAGGCGAACGGUCUGGACUUCCAGAAGCAGCCCGUGCCCGUCGGAGGGGCCAUCUCGACAGCCCAGGCCCAGGCUUUCUUUGGACACCUCCACCAGGUCCAGCUCUCUGGGACAGGUUUACAGGCUGCUGCUCAGUCCUUAAAUGUACAGUCUAAAGCGAAUGAAGAGUCGGGGGACUCCCAGCAGCCAAGCCAGCCUUCCCAGCAGCCUUCAGUGCAGGCAGCCAUCCCACAGACCCAGCUCAUGCUGGCCGGAGGGCAGAUAACCGGGCUGACUCUGACGCCGGCCCAGCAGCAGCUGCUCCUGCAGCAGGCCCAGGCCCAGGCCCAGCUGCUGGCUGCGGCCGUGCAGCAACACUCAGCCAGCCAGCAGCACAGCGCUGCAGGGGCCACCAUCUCCGCCUCCGCCGCCACUCCCAUGACACAGAUCCCCCUGUCGCAGCCCAUACAGAUCACACAGGAUCUGCAGCAACUACAGCAACUUCAGCAGCAGAAUCUCAACCUGCAGCAGUUCGUGCUGGUCCAUCCGACCACCAACCUGCAGCCAGCACAGUUCAUCAUCUCACAGCCGCCCCAGGGCCAGCAGGGUCUCCUGCAAGCGCAAAACCUUUUAACGCAACUACCUCAGCAAAGCCAAGCCAGCCUCCUGCAGCCGCAGCCAAGCAUCACCCUCACCUCCCAGCCAGCGACCCCAACACGCACAAUAGCCGCAACGCCAAUCCAGACCCUCCCGCAGAGCCAGGCCGCGCCGAAGCGCAUCGACACGCCCAGCUUGGAGGAGCCCAGUGACCUGGAGGAGUUGGAGCAGUUCGCCAAGACCUUCAAACAAAGACGGAUCAAACUCGGCUUCACUCAGGGCGACGUCGGGCUCGCGAUGGGGAAACUGUACGGAAACGACUUCAGCCAGACCACCAUCUCGCGCUUCGAAGCCUUGAACCUCAGCUUUAAGAACAUGUGCAAGUUAAAGCCGCUUCUGGAGAAGUGGCUCAACGAUGCAGAGAACCUGUCGUCAGAUUCGGCUCUCUCCAGCCCGAGCGCCCUGAAUUCUCCAGGGCAGGGGGUUGAGGGCUUGAACCGCAGGAGGAAGAAACGCACCAGCAUAGAGACCAACAUCCGCGUGGCCUUAGAGAAGAGCUUCUUGGAGAACCAAAAGCCUACCUCGGAGGAGAUCACCAUGAUCGCCGAGCAGCUCAACAUGGAGAAGGAGGUGAUCCGCGUGUGGUUCUGUAACCGCCGCCAGAAGGAGAAGAGGAUCAACCCGCCCAGCAGCGGCGGGACGAGCAGCUCGCCCAUCAAAGCGAUUUUCCCCAGCCCGACCUCACUGGUGGCAACCACGCCAAGCCUUGUGACGAGCAGCUCAGCAACAACCCUCACGGUCAGCCCUGUCCUCCCUCUGACCAGCGCCGCGGUGCCCAGCCUCUCCGUUGCAGGCACCACGGAGACCGCCUCCAACCACACCGCGACCGUGAUCUCCACCGCGCCCCCGGCUGCCUCCGCCGUCACCUCCCCCGCUCUGAGCCCCUCCCCGUCUGCCUCAGCCUCCACGUCCGAGGCCUCGAGUGCCAGCGAGACCAGCACAGCACAGACCACCUCCACCCCUCUGCCCUCUCCUCUCGGCACCAGCCAGGUGGUGGUGACGGCGUCGGGGCUGCAGACGGCAGCGGCCGCCCUUCAGGGAGCUACGCAGCUGCCGGCGAACGCCAGUCUCGCUGCCAUGGCAGCCGCUGCAGGGCUGAGCCCAGGCCUGAUGGCGCCGUCUCAGUUCGCAGCUGGAGGUGCCUUACUCAGCCUGAACCCCGGGACCCUGGGCGGCGCUCUCAGCCCAGCUCUGAUGAGCAACAGCACGCUGGCGACGAUCCAAGCUCUCGCUUCCGGCGGCUCUCUUCCACUGACGUCACUGGAUGCAACUGGGAACCUGGUCUUCGCCAACGCGGGCGGAGCCCCCAACAUCGUGACUGCCCCUCUGUUCCUGAGCCCCCAGAACCUCUCUCUGCUCACCAGCAACCCGGUCAGCCUGGUCUCUGCCGCCGCAGCCACCGCAGGGAACUCAGGGCCUGUCGCCAGCCUUCACGCCGCCUCCACCUCCGCCGAGUCCAUCCAGAACUCUCUCUUCACAGCGGCCUCAGCCAGCGGGGCGGCGUCCACCACCACCACCGCCUCCAAGGCACAGUGAGCGGCGCCGCCAGCCCUUCCGCGUGCACGUCGGGCUGCGACCGGGGUGCGGUGGCUCCCCGGCCCGUGGACGUCGAGAGCAGGAAGGACGGGCACUGGGAGGAAAGGAUGAAACCAGACGACAUUUGCCUAAUUUUGUAAUAAAACUGUUUCUUCAGGAUUGCUUCAUGGAUUGGAGAACUUUCUAACCAAAAAUUAAAAAAAAAAAAGCAGAAACAAAAAAUCAAAAA